CUAGGUGAGACAGGGCCACCGUGGGCACAGUGUCUAAGAGAUUAUUAGGAAGUCCAAGAGCUUGAAGAGGUCUUGCCAACGCUGUGAACGCAUUCUCGUGGACGCGCCUCAGCUCUCCGGUGGAAACGACGAGUCCGUGGAGCGCUACAUCUUCGAGGAAGCGUGCUGGCAACAGGGAGAUGCCUGCCACAGUCACAUCGAGAAGCGAAAUGGUUCCUGGACGACUGGAUCUCAGGUGUUUGCUGAUAGUCUACAAUAAAAUGGAACCGUCUGGAUCAGUCUGUCUUAUCCGAGGGUAAAUGGAAAUUGUCCUAAUCCGAGAUGGAUUCGUGAUAGUCUUACACAAACAUCAUAUCCCAUAGUAGUUUCCAGUGUCAACGGGUCGUUAACAGUCUCUGUUACUCCCAAGAUUAAUUAGUCAUACCGGAUUGCAUAACGGGGAUCACUCGAUUCGCGGAGGUAUCGUAAGACAGGAUAUUCGUCGAAGUAAUUGGUAACGGGACAUUCAACGCAAAGGAACAAGCGUGCACGAGAGAGGAGAAAAACGGGCUCCGCACAAUGGUCUCUCGGAUAAUACGUACGACUUGUAUUUCAUCGGCGGUCUAUACGCCCACGCCCGCCUGGCGGGUAGCUAAAAAACCACUGACCUCGAUAGCACGGCAAAAUAAUAAGAAUCUAAGACAAGCUCACGCAUUUUUGCAAGAAAAUUUAUCGGCGAUCAAUGGCGAUUGGAAUCUUCUUAGAAAUGUAUCUCCGGGGACUACAGAGGUCUUCUUACACACCAUGAAAUCUAGAUACAGUUACAAGCGAUUCGUGUCACUUGAAAUUCUCGUGAACGUUAUCAGAGCCUAGAGGAAGCAAGUCGAAUGAUUCACAGCGAACGAUCAUCGUCCUUGUUUCGCUGUACACCCUGUACGAUCCAGAGGCGGCCGUUAAUUUCAUUUAAAGGAGUCCGUGAGUCACCGUGCGCAUACAUUCAGAACGAAGUGUUCGCCACGGGUGAAAAUUACCUGGAGCGUUGUUCUAUCGCCGGUGCAUCGCAACGUGUGUGGAAAGUCGCAGGAACACUCGACGCCCGCUUUUGUAAUAUUUGGACACUCCCAAACGCUGUCGGGCGAUGGCGAAGUCGCGUGGGACGCAUCCUUAACAUUCUCCCCGGCCGGGCUUUUUACAACGUUUGACGAAUUAUUCGCGGGUACCAGCUCGGUUUCGUUCAUGUCGGGGACCGUCGUGAUCGUCGGGGCGCCGGUGGUGAUCAAGCCGGACGUUGUCUCAUCCUCCGUUCGAUUCUCCUGCGUUGCGUCCAUGCACGACGCUAGCGUUGUCAGCAGUAAUAUCAGCGAACAUCGUGACAUCCACAGCAUCCUAAAAUACAAUUGCCUGUUUAUUCGUUCGAGAAUUCACAGGAACAACUAAUCCGUUCCCUACCGUGAUUCGUAAUUUUGAAUUUUUAUAAAUAAUUACCGAGGAAAACUGAAAGGAAUCGCUUACAGACUUUUCUCGGUAGCUAAAUUCACUUCGCAUCAGCGAGAUCCUUAACACGUACGCUACCAGCGUCACAUAUUUGUGAUGGCCGUAAUCCAAUGUUUUACAGAAUGAAAAUGAAAUGAAUCUUAUAGAUAUUGUUAUUAGAAAUUAUAAACUACGACAUAUUAUAUUUAGGAACUCAGUCACUCGUUUCAGUGUCAUUUUUCUAGUAUUUUGUUUAGAUUUAUUGGAUUGAAGAAAAUAUAAUUGAGGAAACCGUCACCGAAACAAGCGCCGGUAGCGAACGCGUUAAGCAUCUACGUAAAUCUUCUUUCUUCUUUCGCGACCAAUGUAAACUGAACACUACCGCCCGUCGUCUUACCGCCAUCCAUCCCGAUUAACCCAAUUUUCGGCCAUAUAACCAUCUCAAAAUUCAUCCGUUACUAUUCGAAAUCGAUGUCGCACAAUUACUACAACGAAUUAUGGCUGAUCACGAGGAACGAUUUGGACAAGUUGUUGAAGCUCGAUCGGAAAGUACAGGAACAGGGUCGAACGACGAGACGGGUGGAAGGUUUAAACCUAUUACUGUCUACGUAUCUAAGAUAUCGGAACCUGGUGAAGAGACUGAUAAUCUGCCACGAUCAAAUGGUGCAAACGCAGAAACGGGACUUGAUCAAACGAGUUCUGGACUGCGCUGUCGGUCGAAUGCUCGACUAUAAGAAGCGGAUCGUCGAUCUGGACUCCUCGGACUACCAGUGGCCCGAUGACUUCAUGAAGCAGCUAAAAUACACGCCCGAUGACGCGGAGAUCACGGUGUCCGCGUGCGGCAAAGACGUGGUCCAGCGGCGCAGGAAACGCAUCGAGGAGCUGAUGGAGAACGCUCGCAAAUCGCCCGAGAGGGAGCAAGAAGAACAAACGUCGGUCGCUGAAGCCGCGAGUGUCGUCGUGUCACAAGAAAGCACGCCGAGGCUUCGCAGACGAAGGGUGAAGGAAGAGAGCGCGGCCAGCGUCGUACCGUCGAUCCUCCAGGUGUCACCGGAAGUAAUAGCGGCUCGGGAAGCGCAGCUCGCCGCGGAGGAGGCCACGAAGAAAGCGAUUCUGCUUAUACAAUCUCACGAGAGGGCGAGGAUUGCGAGGAUCGCCGCAACCGAGCUGGAGCGGAUGAACGUUUACAGAAGAAAAGUAGAGAUCGGAGAGAUCGUUCCGAAAAUGUACUCGAAAGCCACGUACGAGAUAGCAGCUAGAACGAUACAGAGAGCCUGGCGAAAUUACAUGAAAAAGAGGAUCCGGAAAAAGAGAAUGGAUCGGCUUGAACAAUUGAUUGGGAUGUCGAUACCUAGCUGGAAGUCUGAUCAUGUUCUAGCGAAGGACAGGGAGAAUUUUCAGCGGAAACUGGAUAUGAUGCAGGUGUACGCUGAUCGUGUUGAGAGGGUGACCGAGGAUCAUCGGACCAAAUUGUGGAAGAUCAGAGGUCCAGGUUUGAUGGAGGACAUCACGGACGAGAUUCGCGAAUGGUUUAUCGUUUGGUACAACACCGUGGGCCAUUUCGACGCGUAUCCCGCGGCCAAUUUGGGCGGCAGCGUGUUAAUCGCCACUGGGCAAACUCUAACUCCCGAGGAGUUCUUAGCUCAAAAGGGCUCGAAGAAACCCGAGGCAGCGGAAGAGAGGAAGAAGGAGGAGAAGAGCGGCGCGAAGAGAAGGCGAGAGCCGUGGAUGCGUGAAACGAAGGCGUUCACCCUUCUCGACGCGGCGAAUCGAGAUUUCAUCGGGAACUGGAGCUUCCGUAACGAUUCGAGUGACUCACAGGAAAAGAUAUACGAAGAUCUGAUCAAGAACAAACUGUGUCACCAGCUGCAGCUAGAGAUGCGAGCGAUAGUCGACGAGCUGAUGAGGCUCGAGCUGAAGAAACUGAACCAGGCGUUGAAGAGGGAUUACAAAGCUGACGAUAAAGACAUCGAGAUACCGAAGUCGAGGGACGACGGAAAGAAGAGAGCGCGAAGGAAGAAGGGGAAGAAGGAUAAAUCGGUGAAGACCACUGUGACGGAUAGCUUCAAUGAAUUGGUCCGAGCGAAUAUUAUCGAGAACUAUCCCGCAACUUCUCUAAAAGACUGGGUGGGAGACCUUUCGUACCAGAAUUACGAGGCAGCCCUGGAGUAUCGGGACUACAGGCAUCAUUUGGGUGAAAUCAAGCAAGCGGUAAUGGAGAAUUGCAUUCUUCCGUUGAGCUCCAAAGAGAUCCACGAAAUUGCGCCGUUGGUGCGAUCGGUUUGCAUCUGCGGGUUACCUCGGCACGGGAAGAGCUUCUUGGUGAACGCAAUUUGCACUGAGGUUGGGGCGUUGUUAAUUAACAUGACGCCGACGGUUCUGGUGGGCAAGUACGAAGGGCGGAAGAACGAGCGGAAGCUGAUCGACAUGAUCUCGAAAGUGGCCCGCGAGCACGCUCCCUCGGUGAUCUUCGUCGACAAUGCCGAGAAGCCUUGGGCGAAGAAAGUGCCUGCGGAGGAGAGAUUCAUUAAACCGAAACGAUUCGCGAAGUAUUACCCGAAAUUCGUGAAGAGCAUCAAGCGGGGCGAUCAGAUCCUAUUUCUCACGACCUCCUCGGAGCCAUAUAAAGCAACCAGACCCUUCAUCAGGGUCCACGACAAGUUCAUAAUGAUUCCUCUCACGGACUACAACACGCUGUACAUGUUUUACAAAGAUCUGCUGAUGAAGUACCACGGUGUCGACCGCGGCAUCGACGUCUCCAGCCUGGCGAAGAUGUCCGAGGGCAUUCCAUUGGACUUCAUAAGACAGGCGGUGGAGAAUGUCCUGAACGUUGCCCGGAGAAUCACCCUGAAGUUCAAGCCGCUGACCCCGCAGGAAAUCAUGAAAGAGGUGGCGAAGUACGAGCCUCCCGCGAAGAAGACGUUGAACCAGUUGAUGAAAUUCGAGUCGCGAACCCCGUUAGGGAGGAAAAGAGCGAGGCUGCUGAUGGCUGAGAAGGCGGAACGCGAACGGACCGAGCAAAAGAAAACGAAGAAAUAAUACAGUGGAAACGCGCUGCCCACCCUUUUCCCGCGAGAGACCGUUCCAAUGGUUUUGUGUCCAGCGAGUUCCGUUCACCGAAAGCGAGGGAAUGGAUAUGACGGAAACUUGUCAGCUAAAACGUGGGACGUAAACGCAUUGAGAGACAAGGCUGCAACGCUUUUAACGAGACCGUUUCCCCGCAGGAAAAUAUUACGUGCGCACGGUGCAUGCCUGCUUGCUCGCGCGCGCUCGCGAGUUUCUUCGCGUCACCUGUUGAGCAACCGAGAAAAAUCAGGGUAUCGAAUAAAUUCGAAGGGAAGCGGAACGAGUGGGAACGAGUGCGUGUCGAAGACUGCGACCUUUCUGGGAGAGAGACGUCCGUGGAAGAAGCACGGUCAUCGAUUGAGCGAUUCCUUCUUUCUUUCGUAUCGUGAUUCUCCAACGUCCGCGUGCGUCCGGACGUGAAACUGGUUUUCGUCUUCGUAGGAUGCUAAAAACGAUCGUCGAAAAAGAGGAGGCAGAUGCAGCGAGGAACAACAGCGAAAAAACUUAACACGCUUAGAUAGAUUUCGAGCGCUGAUUCCGCUUGAAUACUCGACUUCAAAAAUUUCAGCGUCGCUUCUGAAUAAUUUAUAGGGAAGACUGCGUACCUUCGGAGAGCAUUCCAACGAAUUGUGACUACGAGAUCUGGAAUAAAGUCGAGAGAAUGAAAGCUAUCGUAUGAAUGGCUAACGCGUUGCAUUCAUUACUAACCAGCGUUGUGGGUGCUACGAUCUAGGUGAGACAACCCACUGGAAUCGGGCGGUUUUUUUGUACGUUCUGCUGAAUGUAUGCAAGAAUACUUUCCUCCAAGCAAAUUAUUAUACACUAUAAUACGAAACGGUUAACCGGUACUCGAUUGGAUUUGAUAAAAAUCCACGUAGAUACUAUGAUCCUGAUCGUUCAAACGAUAUAAGACUUCAGAAUAACGCGAUCGAGCCUCAAGAAAUAUUAUGUCUAAACGAAAAGAUUUCAAACAACCAACUGCAGUAGCACGAUACUCGAAAGGUAUCAUUCCUUCAUCGUGAGAAUGUUUCAAAAUGCGUUUCUGGGCGCACACGUACCUACAGCAAUGUGUGUCCCUGUAGUCCGGGUGUUUGUAGCCCCUACGGCUUCUCUUCACGCGCGGCACACGUACACGCGGUAUAUCGUAGCACUCACGCAGGCGCGGCACGGGCAUUCACGCAUCCAACCCACGUUGGCUGUUGCGCGCGGGCAACGCUCGAGAGGACCAAUCGCACGCUCGCCAAACCGAGAGAGCUGUCACUCGGCCAUAGGCGCGGAAGCUUGAACUUCUAAGCUGUUAGACGAGAGCCGGUGGAUUCGACUGUGGACCAGUGGUCAGAAACGGUAACACCGAUGCCAGUGACGCGUUCGCCGAGUGCAUCUUCCAGUUGGUCCGGUGUCUAUCGACCGGUGAAAUUCAACGCGUCUCCUCUGUCAGCACUUGCGCUUCGACGUUACCCUCGGAUCUAUUUCACCGUGACGAUUUUUGUAAACGCGACUGGGAACGACCGUACGACGACGUGAUGCUAGCUGAUACUGUGCACGAGGCACGCGGUGGGCACUCGUGCCGAGAAAACGUCGCCUCCGCCGUGUCCACACGGUGGGGACUCCGCCGGUGCGUCCGUCUCUCUGUGUCUCUCGGUUUCCACAUAGCAUAGCCAUGUAUGGAACACGGGACGACGUUCUCUCUCCCGGCCCUUACGCCCACUUGAACCGCUGCCGCUCUUGCUCCCGCUGCCAGCCGCCUCGUUCUCAUAGUCCCGGAGCAGGUAUCGUCGGGGCGACGUCACCGUUACAGGUUGCCUGACGCGGGCUCGGCGACGUCGCCCCGUCAACCCCUGUCCACGAACAGAGAUUCUUCGAGCAAACGUUAAACGGCUCGCACUGCGGUGCUUUCGAAUUCAACGCACUCCACGUGAAAAACGCUACUGACAGCUUAACCCUUUGCAGUCGGAAGAUGACUCUCACUCACCACCUGAUUUCAUACAGUAAAACUAUAAAAUUUGAUAUUUAAU